AUGGCAUCUGUCACAGUACCAAUCACGACACCAAUCGAAGAAACUCAUCUUGGCGGUCUCACUCAUGUUCGAAAUUACAGCAUUACCCAUGCUCCUCCUUCUACACCGCUUCGAUUAGAGCUGUCAGGAAAAGUUCCUUAUACUCUGCGAUCUCGCCCCCCAACAGCUACUAAACAUUCUCGCCGCUCUACAGAAAACCUUGAGGAAGUGGACGAAGGUUAUGGCUCAAUGCCACUCAUCAAUGAGGCUCGAAAGGUGCUUUUGGAAUUUGAAGAGCAAAAUUCAGAUGGAUCUAGUUCAGAAGUCCCAUUGCUUGAAUCUGGAAAAUCAGUCGCUAUUUCAACCACCACAAACCAGCAUGAUGAAGUGACUACUUUAGAGGCUACUGAGGUCAAGCCAAAGCCUUUUCGGGUUGUGGUGAUACGCCCAAGACAAGUAUCAGCGUUUUCGGCCAAGUCAGAAAAACACGACGCGAAACUCGCUUCUGAUGGCCAAUCACCGACUACCACUAUAGAAAAAUCAAAAAAGGUGCAGUCAGUAACCCCACCUGAUACUCAUAUGAUCAUGUUAAAGGAAGAAGAAUCGCAACCAUCAGUCCUUUAUGAGCAAGUUGAUCGGGUAGCAAGUAUUGAUUUCGACAAUAAGCUUGUGCUAGAUGAUGAUGUCUCGAAUGCCCAACAACCAUCUACACCAUCCGACUUGCUAACAAAGAAAUCGCUUGAAAAACAUGGCAGUUUUUUCGAAGCUGCACCAUUAAGAAAAUGGGCACCCGUAUCUGAUUUAUACGAUGCUGUGGAUCUUGGCUCUGCUUUUUCUGAAAAUUCACUCGAGGAUAUUGGCCAUGAAUGCGAUCGAUUUGCAGAUAUUGACGCGGAAAUUAGUCCUAGUUCCAACCAACUAGGUAGUCAAUAUAGUUUGGAACAUGAAAUCGAUCUUUCCUCUUGGCAGUCCAAAAACAAGCUUUUGGACAAGUAUCUUAAAAACAAUGACAGUAUGCCAUCACCUAUUGAAGAAUCAACCAGCAAAGCCGAUAUAUUAAAUUCAAACAAUCUUCAGCCUGAAAAUCAUGCCAACCACAAACGUGAUGACCCGAUCUUGCUAGUGUUUGAUGAGCCAGUCAUCGAUGCCCUUCAUCCUGAAAGCAAUCUAUUACAAUCUCAGUCUAUUGCUGUUGAAAUAUCCAGUACUCGACAAGACUCUAAUAAGCAAGCAGAUGCGUUAUUUUCUGCUGACGAUACAGCCAGUAGUAUCAAAAAAUUGCCAACCAGUGAUGCUGAAGGUCAUCCUUCAUUCAUCAACGUCCAUAUUCAUAAAAAACCCGAUAAUUUGCAUCCACUACCCUCUCGCGCAAUGUCUGGUUCCAACUUUGAAUCUACUCUAGCUGUUCGUUCAUCGUCGUUUCAUGUGGGAACUAUAAUGCCUCAGCAACGUAGCAUGUACCAAAUGAAAAAGCUAAAACAAUCACUUCCAACUUUGGAUGAUGAAGAAGAGCCAGAUGUUAAACCCAGCAAUUUAUCAAAGUCCAACACAGCCCAUAUUAUAGAAUCAAAAUCAAUGACUGAAUCUAUUUCCAGUCAUGAGUCAGUUUCUGAUGAUCUGUCAUCCGUCGAGGAUUUAAAAAAGGAGGAAUCAUUCAACAGCACCAGUUCAGCCAUUGAAUCCAUUGUCAAGUCAGAUUCUAUGUGCGCUAAUAGUUCCAAAAUCAUCCCAAAGGACGGUAUUCGACUUAAGAAACCUGGACUACAUAUGCCAGACAUUAUCAAAAAAAUGAUUCCAGCAAAAAUAUUCAAGGCUGACAAGGAGCCAGGUAUUAAUAGUCGCAGUAAUUCCACUAGUAGCAUUUCUAGCGGAAAGUUUGCAUUUUUUAAAGGUCUUUCAGGAUUUAAUAUCAGAAGUCGCGAUAACAGUACGGAGGAUAUCCGACAAUUGAAUUUGAUUACGGGUAAAAUCCAAUUGCCAGUCAAUACUGAAAAGAUUAAAAUGCAGCAGAAACUGCAUGAGAAUCUUGUCAAAGAAUUCAUGUCUGAACCACACGAAGCUCCACUAAUUCGGCUAGAAAAGUAUAGUCAGCAAAAAGCCACGUUUCCUAUUCAUCGCGGUGCCGUGAAUCCUACAAAAAGUAUAGCAAGUAGUAAGGGAUCAUCGUGCAAAUCCAAGAUACACAGUCUUCAAUCAAGUGAUACCAGUAAAUCAUCCAUCCAGAAAAGUGGUUCAAUGACAUCGACCUCUUCUCAAAGUAGCACGAGCACCAGCGAACGUGAGUCUAUGCAAAAACAAAAUAUUGCCAUUGCAACAAAAAAUAAUGUCAAGGGAGCACACACUGGCUCAAUGAACACACAUAUUAUUGAUAAUACUCCACCCAGUAUUAAGGCUGUGGAGGAUCUUGCAAUUCUUGAAGAGUUUUCGACAAAAGAAAAAUACCGAUUCGAGUCUAGCUAUAAACUAAUUAAGCAAAUUGGUAGCGGUGGACAUUCUACAGUGUGGUUAUCGACACGCAACAGCGAUGGACGUAUGGUGGUUUGCAAAUUCAUUAAUGCCUCCAGUGUAUGGAAUUGGCAUGUGGAAGAAAGCGGAUUUCCCACAAACAGGCGAGCCAGUUUGGUAGAUACUGUUUCAAAUUCGCUCAAGCCAAAAUUGGCCAGUAUCAGUCUUAUAUCAAAUAAUAGCAGAAAGAUCUUUGGCAAUGGUAACAAGACCAGCCAUUCUACAAGCGGCUCUGAAACCUGUUUGGAUCAGACACCUGAUGUGACGGCAUUUGCCAGCUCGAUGCCAUCUUUGGAAAUUACUGAUCAUACCACGUUUACACCCAAAGAUAUUGCAAUGUCAAAGCUGACUGCGCUGAUCAAAAAGACAUCAAAAACAAGUCAGCCUAUCAAGGUUGUGCCUGUUCGCAAAAUUCCGCUUGAGAUUCACAAGAUGCGACAUUUUGCUGGACAAAACCAACCCCGCCUUGUCAAGUACUAUGACCAUUUUGAAAUGUAUCCGCGAUAUGUAAUCGUCAUGGAGUACCUUGGUCAAGAGUGGGUAGAUCUUUACGACUAUAUUGAAAUGUACGGACCUGUCAAGGAAUCACAUGCAUGCAUGAUUUUCAAACAAAUUGUUGAAACAGUUGCAUGCAUGCAUCGCAUGGGAUUCUGUCACAAUGAUAUCAAGGAUGAAAACAUUAUGAUUCACACAAAAACCCGCGAAAUCAAGUUGAUUGAUUUUGGAUCCACCACAUACCUUAAGCCAGAAGUUCCCACAAAAAUAUUUUAUGGGACUAAAAAGUUUGCAGCGCCUGAAGCGCUUGACGGCGGUGAUUAUUAUCCAGCUUGCCAAGAAACCUGGGCACUCGGAACUCUGCUAUACGUGUUGCUUUUUCAAAUGGAUCCAUUCAAGGAUGAUGAUGAGGUAAUGGAACUAAAUAUCACACACCGUAUUGAGCGUCUGCGCGCACCAGUCGAACCCGGUUCAUCACGAGCCAAACAGGGACAUGUUCCAAUUGUUGUUUCUGACGAAGCAGUCGAUUUACUAUCUGCACUCAUGCAAAAAGACUAUAGAAAUCGACCCAAAAUCAGUGAAAUCAUUGAUUUUGAUUUUUUCCAUCAAGAAUAG